GCUGCCUCAGUCCAGCCGGCCGUCAGAGCCAGCAGCAGCAGCGCCCUGAGCGUCGGCUUGGGAGCCACGUUUGCUGCCCUGGCACUCGGCGCUAUGUCCCAGCGCGUCGUUUUCAAAGGCACCCCGCAGCAGCGAACAGUAGCCCUGAAGGCCUUCGAAAGCGAGCUUGGAGU